AUGACUGUCAAACAGCUGAUUGAUCAGAAGUGUUGGACAAGGUAGAACAACAAAAUAUAGCUUGGUCUACACCUUUGUACAAAAACUUAAAUAUAUUUAGCUCCUUGUUUGGAUAUACAGUAGUAAAAAGAAAAAAGAAAAUCUUUUAGAUUAAUAAACUAAUUUUUAAUUGAUACAUUGCUGCAGAGAAACACCAACUCACAGACACACAUCCUGUGAUACUGCCCGUAACCUUAAACUCCCAAGAUCUGAAUAUUAAUUCUCCCCACUAGCUGCUAAACAUUUCCUUGUAAAUUAGUCUCAAGAAGUUGGUGUUAGAUAUCAAGAUUACAAUUUUUACCCAAUAAGUUUGAGUAUUCUUACUUGUUUGCUGGAUGAUGUAUGGAUAUUAUAGGGAGAACUUAAAUGCUGAUCAAGUCUGGAACUUAAAGGGUUAAGGUUAUCCUUUAUUGCCUGUAUAAGCUUUAAAAAUACAUUUAGUUUUAGUUUUACUAGGAACAUUUUGGAAACAAGCACACUGAAUUAGAAUUUAGAAUUAAUCAUUACUAACCAUUUAACUCCCAAGAUUUUAUGAGUAAUUCUCCCUUCUUUCUGCUAUACAAUUUAUAUGAUGUUAGUUUGGAGAAUUUGGAAUUGGAUCAACCAAAAACCCCUUGAUUGAUAUUUUUCUUUAUUCUUAUCACUUGUCUUCUUGAUAUCAUACUGAUAAUGUAAGGAGAAAUUCUGUCUCGGUCACUAGUGGGACUUAACUUAGGGUUAAGUUGAGAAUCAAUAUGUUGAAAACAUAUGUUGAGUGUAGGGGAUCCAGAGCCAUCUCAAAUUGAAUUGUGCAGUUGACUGUAGAGUUUUUAUUUGGAGAUGCAGUUUUUGGAAGGGGAAUAGUGAAAAGUGACAGGAAAAUAUUCUCCAGGUCUGAAUGAAAAACUAGUAGAGGAUGUUGAAAUUUAGGUAGAUAAUUGGGUGCAGCAGGAGAACAAUUCUCUUGUCACAAAUGCUGAACAAACACCUUGUCACAAAAUUAUUGUCAGGGGCUAUUUAAGUCCUUUUACUUGAUUUAUUGAUUACUGCCCACAGGUAUGGAAAGGCUGCAGCUACUGCAUAUGUGCAAGGAAUUCUCACUUCAGAGCCACAUGAUAUCUCUCUGUUGUUUUUCUUGUGGUAUCUGCAUUCUGGAGGAGGUACAUGUACUCUUUAGACUUAGUUAUGGUUUGGAUUAUUUGUCAUCAUACAGUCAUGUAAGCAUAGAUUUUGAGCAGGCUCUCUGCUGAGAAUACCUUAGAUACUUCCAAAAUUUUGCAACUUUGAAGCAGUGACAGUUAACUUAUCCUUGCCAGUUUUCUUUCUCUCUGUGUUAUUGCAAGAAGCAUUAUUGCACUUAAGAAAGAUCAUUGCUGUAAGGUUUUUAAAAAUAUUUUUCUUUUAUUUCUGCAGUUAAUCCAAACUUACAUUGUGCUCUUUUUGGUUUACUCUUGUAAAGUGCAUUUUCUGUUUUUAAGCAAUGACUCAAGAAAAUUCACACUCAGACUAUGAAAUAAUGGGAAAAUGGAAAAUUCAUAACUUUCAAUUAGCAACUAGAGUGGAGACAUUUACCUUUCUCUGCAGGGACAAAACGGAAUAUUGAAUUUGAAGCAGGAGGGGGACAGGUUAGUUCAUUUUUCCUAUCACUGAUUCAAACAGGCAUUGAAUGAGGUUUAGUAAGAAUUAGACUGAUCAGCUGUUGUACAAGAUAUUGUCAGUCAGACGUAAGUCAGUAGGAGACUUUUUGCAACAUUCUGCAGUGAUAGAAGUUCAAAUGAAUAUGUCGCAGAGGUAGGAGUCAAUGUAGGUUUGAAUUUUACCUUUUAUUACACUGAGAGAUAUCAUUAUUUCAUGAAGAUGUUUUUUUAAUUUUGCUGUUAAGUAGACUAAAGUACUUUUUUUUGUUUUGAGGAACUAGGAAAUGAAAUUUUGUGGAGGCUCUCAGACUGUUAGUAUGAAAAUGGCUGAACAUCUUGGUGGUGAGUUUGAAGUGAAUGAGUUGAGAAUGAGGCCCAGCAAAUAUUUGUUCCCAAACAAGGAUGAAGUUAGGAUGGCCAGAACUGAAAAAUUUUCUUCUUCUUUAGUGUUUUUUACACCUUGACCCCAUUCCAGUCCAUAAAAAUGCAGAAAGAAAGGAAAGAAAAUCAGACACCAUUUGUUACUUUACAAUUUUCAUUGACAAAAGAUGGCAUGAAGCAGCUUUGUUUUUAAACAGAGAAAUUCCAAGAGGGUUGGGUAGGGGGUGGAUCCUGCGCCUGUGGAUAGCCAAUCAGAACACUAAGAGCACAGACAGGAGUUGUAAAGGGUGGACUAACGUGUUUUUGAUGAAAAUCUUAACAGACCUGUUGAGUAGUUGUAUCACUUUACAGAAACUUAAUUUCUGUUAAUACUGGCUGAACAUUUCCAUAUGAAGGUUUGAUUUGCUUUCAUCAGAUAGAGUGAAAUUAAACAGCUGUGUUGUGCGUAUUGAUGAGUGUGAUGAUCAUAUUAAAGUGAAAUGUGCAGAUGGAACAGAAUAUAGGGUAAAUGUACUAUUGUACCUCUUGUGUACUUAGGUAGGGGGUGCGCAAUCAAUGCAAAAAUGAUAAGAGAUAGUCCACAUUUCAAAUGUUCGUCAACAAUACGAAUGUUAAUCCAACGUAGCAUGGAAUUUUGCUAAAUUUAAAGUAUACUUUUGAUUAUUGGACAAGGUAAAGGAUGCUCCUGAGCUAGUAAACUGGUAAAGCUCAUCCAAGUUUCUGUUGCAUGAAAUCCCCCCCUCUCCUCUAGCAUUUUGCCCAGUUUCCCUGACAGUUUUCCAAUACCCAUUACCCAUUUAUACUCUUGGGGGUGAGGAGAGGCACAGUACAGUGUUCUUGCCCAAGAACACAACACAACAACCUCGCCAGGUCUUGAAUGCAGAGCUUACAACCCAGAGCCCAGAUUACUGUUCACGAUACCACUGCACUUGCAACUUAAAUGUUGGCUGAACAGUUUAGUAACUUGGAUCCUUAACAUCCUGUAAUGUAUUUGUCAUGGUGUACAGUCUAACAACUCAGGGAAAAUCUGGCUUGAGGCAGAACUGAGAGUGUUUAUAUCCAGAAUGAUAACUUGUCUGAUCGUUUCUUUAAUUUGUUAUUUUCUGUGUGUUUGCUGGUUUAAGGCUUCAUUUGUCAUCAGCUCAGCUCCUCCAGCUUUGCUCGGAAAGAUCAGCUUCAAUCCUCCUCUUCCACCUCUAAAAAAUCAGGUUUAUUUAUUUAUUUUAUUUGUUACAGUUAAUGGCAAUUAACGAAAUAAAAUAAUUACCUAUAAUAAAGGAAAUGCCAUAAGGAUGAAAACUAAACUAGGUUUUUUUUUUACUUAUUUAAACGUUGCUUAUUAGCAUAAGCCAUUCAGUAAAAGUUAUAAUAAGCCAGGUGAUCAUUUCUUUUUCCUUUUGGCGGUCUUAUCUUACAGGUAUAAUUUAGCACGCUCGACACCUCUUUUUCUUAGAGGUGACUUAAGGUGUAAACAAGUAGUACUUUUCAUCUUCCGCACUGAAUUUAUAAUCAGGUAACUUAUACGCACAGCACGUAGCUCUUUUAGGGGCGGUACCUUGGGUAUGCCCUUUCCUCUCCGAUUUUUCUGUUUAUUCUGCUGUUAUGUAACAGUCUUCGAGGAGUAUUUCCUCUAAAAUAUCUUUUUAAGUAUCUUUCUAAUUCUGUUGAUAAGUUCCUUACAAUUUUUAUAUUACCAAUCUUGUUUUAGUUAUGACUAACCUUGAAUGUUAGACUAAGAAAUUUAAGGUAGAAAAUGAUUUUGUAAAGUGUAAACAUCUCGAAGGUAUAUACUUAGUAUGCGAACUCCGCUCUGCGUAGCUUAACGUGAUUCGCUAGUUAAGUGUAAAAGGAUGACGAAGGUUAGAGAUUGACAGCUCAGUAAGCGUCACCUUUAUAAGUGACCCACACUUUCCUCGAGAGAUCCGAGCUAGUCCCGAGGUAAUAAGUUGUAUGUAAGAAUGAGAAGAAUAAAGAAAACUUCAACUGAACGGCGUGUGUUAGGAAAUUACUUCUAACACAUAAUUCUUCUUUAAAGUAAGUCCAUCUUUCUCUCUCAAAGGGUACCAAGCAGUAUCUGAGUAAAAUUGCACAGCUGAAGAGAUGUCGAUGUCAACGCAACCAUUCAAAACUUUAUUUAAAAAAGAAUAACAAUAAAACCUAAAAUAGUUGAGAGCGACUGAAAGAUACAAUGUAUUUGUAAUUUACGUGCCCUUCAGUCAUCGUGAGGUUAACGUUUCUGAAAUUUGCAGGCAAUUCAAAGAAUUCCUAUGGGAUCCAUUAUCAAGACAAUUACCUUCUAUGAUCGGCCAUUUUGGAGAGAGAAAGGUAAAGUAUUAAUCCGUUUAUUUGCCACAGCGAGUUUUUGUGAAGAAACUUCGAUAAUAAAAUUAAGUUUGGCAACAGAUUUUGUGGCCUAUAAACUGACAUACCUCGUUUGGUACUUUAAGAUUUCUCCCCGAUGCCCUUUUUCCAACAAUUCUGUUAUCAGUAAUCCUUUUAAGGAUUACUGAUAACAGACAUAAGUUGGAUGGACGACUUGGAAGCUUUAAUGUUUAAAAACAUUAAAGCUUCAAAGUCGUCCAUCCAACCUAUGUCGUGGCUCUUUCCUCAACACGAAAUAGUUUAGAACAGGUUUUUUAUGUCUAACAUAGACUAUAUUCCAACAGUGUUGUCUAGCCAUUUUUUAAAAAGUUAUAGAAUCCCUGCUUUUUAUUAGGUCUCGCAGGUUAUUUUAAUUCGGAUGAAGGUCCAGUUGAAGAAGGUUACGAUGAUACUAAACCAGAUAACAGUCACCCGGCCAUUAUGGGGUAAGUAAUGAUCUUAUGGCGCCUGCCAUGAGCCAGAACUUUCCCACAAUACCGCUCAAUUUAAAACUGGCAAGGCAUUUUGUCCAAAGAGUUUGUAUCAAUGUUGGUAUCUGAGCAAUUGGGCACUUACCCCUCCCCUCACCCAACAAAAGUCAACUGAUAACAAGUUAGGGUUAAUGCUGGGUGAGGGGAAGGGUAGAUGCGGAGUUGCUCUGGUACCAACAUUGACCCCGACAGUUUUCCCUGAUUUUGUGAAAGUUUGUGUUAGUGAUGGUCAGAUCUUCUCAUUGUUUUAAAUGAUGGAUGUGUCCGGUUUGGGCACUCUGUUCUGACCAAUGGUAAUCGUUCUCAGAUUAGACUGCGAGUAUAAACUCCUUAUUUUUCAUGUGGCAUAGGGAGCCCAUAACAGCACCAGAAAUAAAUGUCGAAGAGGACUUUUUUUUCAGCCCCUCGAAUCCCUUCAGCUUAGUGCUGGCGAUUUUCCCGAGCGUUGACUUGCUCUCUUUGAAGUUGAAUGCUGGUACUAUUUUUUUUCAGGUUUAUACUGGCGGAUAAAGCGCGACAGACAACAACUCUUACCAAAGAGGAAAGGUCAUAUGCCUCAUAUCUUAUCUUCAGAGAUGAUAUUAGAUAAAUAAAUACUUACAGACAAUGUCCCAACUCUGGGAAUGACCUCACUACGUGUUUUUUGCCCAAUCGUCUCAUUAGAACGAUCAUCAGCAAUAAAUGCAUGUCUUUGGGAUAUUGAACUAAGUUCUUUAACCGCUCUCAUAGAGUGCAUGUCCAUUGAGUGUCGCAAAACCAAAACCAAAGUAAUCACCACGGCCAAUCAGAACAAAGGAAUUAUCUCAAUGCGAGCCAAUGAGAACUCAAAGGAAAACAAGCAAGCUGCCGGAAGCGCGGGAAAACACGAGUGACCGAGUCGCGAUUGGCUUUUGUUUGCAUCAGAUAGGUUGGGAGGCUGGCGCGAGUUUUCUGGACCAAUCACAGUGUAAAGAAAGCAAACCCUACGCAAUCGUGGAUUAUUGUAGAUAUUCAUUCGCUUUAUAACUGACUUUUUCGCUUCACUCAGACAGAAACUAGUUUGUGAGCAAUAUGCCAGAAUAUAUGAUACCUCAGAGGCACUGGAGGUAGGUUGCAUAUUAUUUUUCGUCAUUUCGUCUCUUGUCAUGGCAUGUUUAGCGUAACGAAAGAGGUGGUUUCAUUUUACCAACUGACCACACAUUGUUUUCCUCUCAGCCAGUGUUGUAUCGAGAGAAGAACUGGAUGGCGGAUGAGUUUUCUGGAGGCUGCUAUGUUGGGACUUUUCCUCCUGGGGUGUUAACUGCUUACGGAAAGUAAAGUACUUGUUAUUUUUACUCGCUUCAUAAGUUUUUAAACGCUCACUAGGGUACAAAAACAAGUUAACAUCAACACUUAAAGUUAUAGAUGAUAGAUACAUAAAAGAAAUAGCGCUCAUUUGGCGCGAAAAUAUGCUUGGAUAAUCAUCCGAGGACAUUACCUGUCCCGAAAUGGGAAGCUCGAGGAAAACUGUUCGCUUCGAGCUUAAUGGGUUUGAAGUCAAGGUGGGGAUAAAUGAAAAUAAAGAGAUGAUCAACUUAGCCGUGUCUUUUGUUUUUAAUUUUUUCUGACAUGAAGUCUUAAUUCUCUGGUUUUUAAGAGUUUUGAGGAUGCCUUUUGGUCGAGUGCAUUUCGCUGGAACGAUCACGGCGACACUUUGGGCCGGUUACAUGGAAGGCGCGAUAGAGUCUGGGGAACGCGCUGCUAUGGAGGUAAAGGGCUUUAUGUAAUUUUAACUGAAAAGUUUUCCAGACGGGAGGUGUGGCAAAUAAGUCAAACUCCUUCCUAGAGUUAAGAAACUACUCCCGCGUUGUUGUGCUGUAACCUAACGGAUUCCAGAUGAAGCGAAUUCGAAAUCAUUGUGUUUCGUUCUCUGGAGGACACUGAGGGCUACGCUUGUCAGGGCAGUCAGCCGAAAUGAUGUUUUGGGGGAAGGAGACAGGGUGGUCAAAAUUUUGUGAUGGAAAUGCUUUGUUCCUGUUGCUGGUACAGAAAAAAAACAACAACAACGAAACGGACAAACAGUUAACUUAACACAAAGAGCUGUUGUGUUGGGCUGCAUGGUAGAUGCAUCUAUCGCUCUGACGAAGGGCUAACGCUCGAAACGUCAGCUUUUUUACCCUUUACGGUGGCUAAUUUACGUUUUCAACCCAGUUGUUAACACUAAAUUACCUGCUAUACUCUCCCACCUACGCAGCACCACAGUUUCUUUAGAAACUUACCCCUUUAUGCAUGGUAGAUGCUUACGCUCUCUUGAACCAUUUCAGGUGCUAUGCAGACUUGGUAAGAUGACAGAAAGUGAAACUAGAAAACGACUUAAGUUAGAGGUAAGCUAGCAAAAUUCAUGUAUAGCCAGCAAAACUCAGCCCUGUUAACCCUUUACAUCCAAACAACAGCACUUAUACUCUUCAUACUGGUCCCUAUACAUUUCUUGGGGUGCUGAUGAGCAGAAUUUGUUUUACAAUCCAGACUAGAGCUUCUCUAGUUGGUGACCAUUUCAUUUAUUCUCAUGACCUUAAUGUGUGAUUUGGAGAUGAUAUUUUAAAGAGAAAUUAGAUGCUAGUCGCUUUUAGGGGUUGAAAGGUUAAUUUGCCCAAAAUUACGUGACAAUGCAAAUCCAGCGUUUUUUCCCCCUUAUUUGCCCGUCAUAAAUUUGUCUUUGAAAGGACUUUCAUUUAAAGCGUUAAAAUUAUGCAAUAUACCAGGCGCUAAAUGUGAUCACACCAUAAUGAUGUCGAAAGGUUCUGGACCCUUGGAUGUUUUGCCCUGCAUGGCUUGUCAACGAGUAAAGUUACUCUUACACCUCCUAUAUGGCCAUUUGAUUUAUCUUUUUACGGAAAUAGUUUUUUUUUGCCUUUGCCUUUGCCUUUGCCGGAUCAGUGUUCAGUUUACUCGUGUAUUUAUUACUUUUGUUUUUCAUUAGGGUUUGGAAUCUAAGUUUUUAGAGUUUUCAUUUAUGGAGAAGCACUUACUACCAUCUGUGCCCACCUUGUUGGCUUGUUCCUCUCUGCUCAGUGGGGCGGUUGUUCUCUCAAUACUUUGGUGGAAAUAUUGUUUAAAGUAGAACUUGUCUAAUUCAGUUAAAUAACUGUGAAAUGUUCUUCAAUUUGGAGAGAUUUGAGCCCAUAUUUGGUAUUUUGUUUUAGAAGCUUAGGUCCUACUGGGAUAAAAAGUUGAGAACAAAACUAUCUCUACCCUUGCUGGUGUUCUAUUUGUUUACCAAGAAUUUUAAGUGCUGACAAUUUAGCAAAGAAAUCUGGAGAAAGUUUUGAUGUCUCAAGGCCUGAACACCUCAGCAGUUGUCAAGUGAGGACACCAAACAAAUAUGUGCAAUAUUAAUAGCCAGUGAGGGUUCAGCAUGGGAGUAAACAGAACUGGCAUAACGCUCGCAACGCAUGACUCACAACGUAUAACGCAAGUGACCGUGUCCUAGUUGGUUUUGCUUACAUCUGAUCAGUUGCCUAGUAGCUUAAAGUUUAUUCAUUGUAGUAAUAUUUUCAAUUAACUUGGGAAAUUCGAUUUAAAGCCUCUGUGAAGAUUCGACGAGAAAUUGAUUAGUGUAGAUUGUAAUACCCAAUACUCGGACCUGUGGACAAGUUGAUUUACUGUAAAAGAGGAAAAAACAGUGACUUAGAGAAAGAUGUUUUUCGUCUUGUCACGAGCGUGGGACAAAGAAAAAAAUUCUGAGUCCCCAUGAGGAAUCGAACCUCAGACCUUCGGCUUCCGCGCGCCGAUACUCUAGUACUGAGCUACAGAGACUUUAAGGUGAGCGAGGUCUAUUAAGAAGUUCAUAUGACACGCGUCCUGCAUACUGCGAGGAUCAGCAAUGUUGAUAGCGUCAUGCUUGUCCCACACUCGCGACAAGACGGAAAACAACUUUCUCUAUUUCUUUGCCGAGCUCAAAACUUACCAUCUGCCUUAUUCUAUUGACAAUGACUUAUUUUCUAAUUAUUAUCGUUUGUUCUUCAUUGUUAUUAUAGUUUCUAUAUAGUAAGCUAUGAAAAAACUUUUAUUCAGUAACAAAGAUUACAAUUCGAAUAUCAGACAGGGG